AUGGCUUUCUCAUUAGGUUCUAAACUAGCAUUAAGAAGUAAUUCCUUCAAGCGUCAAAAGUCCUUCAAGAUGAUUUCAUGUAGAGUUGCUUGCAAGAAUGGCAGUGGCGGUAAAAAUCUAUACAAGGUUCUUUCUCUUAGCAAUGAAAAUGUAAGUGGUAUUGAUAUAAAGAGAGCUUACAGAACUAUGGCACUUCAGUACCAUCCGGAUGUUUGUCCACCUUCAAGGAAAGAUGAGUCGUCUCGGGUUUUCGUUGAGCUUCACAAGGCGUAUAAGAUUCUUUCAGAUCCUAUUUCACGCAAGAAAUAUGAUCUUGAGUUGGGUUUGAACAAAUACGAUCAAAGAAUGACAUACAAUAUCGAUGAAGGUGGAUAUGAUAGUAGUGGAAUUUCAAGAGAUGAGUGGAUAGAACAGCUUUACGAAUUGAAGAAAAGGUCACAGCAUCGUAUGUCCAGGAAUCCGGGGGUGUCUCGCAGGUGCUAA